AGUCGAAUAGAGCAAAAUUGGUGCUGUUGAGUUGCGAUUCGACAGCGCGCGGUGACGGUUAAUUAAUUCAAUUAAAUCGUCGUUUCGUCAAAAAAGCCAAACGCUGCUUAGCCCAUCGUGAAAUAGUUGAAGAAACGUCACACAUACUUCUCGGUUUGCAAAGCUGUCACUGUAGUCCGUAACACUCGUUCACAUACAGCGGUGAGCAUGCCUGGAACGGCAAUUCAAAUAAUAAAUACAUCGGAGGAGCAUACCUUCAUCCUGAACGAAGAUGCGUUAAGCGAAGUGCUGAUGCGCGACGAAGUGAAAGAUCGCUUUGUUUGCGUUGUGUCUGUGGCUGGUGCAUUUCGCAAAGGCAAAAGUUUUUUGCUCGACUUUUUCCUGCGCUAUCUAUACUCAAAAUAUGUGAGGCAUGAUGUGGUAACCGAUUGGCUCGGCGACGAUAAUGAGCCACUCACAGGAUUCUCGUGGCGUGGUGGUUCCGAACGCGAUACCACAGGUAUUUUGAUGUGGUCCGAAAUAUUCCUGCACGACUAUCCGAACGGUGACAAGGUGGCCAUAAUUUUGCUCGACACCCAAGGUGCAUUUGACAGUCAAAGUACGGUGCGCGAUUGUGCUACCGUUUUUGCGCUCAGCACAAUGGUUUCCUCUGUGCAGAUAUACAAUUUGUCACAAAACAUACAGGAAGAUGAUCUGCAGCAUUUGCAGCUAUUCACAGAAUAUGGUCGCUUGGCAUUGGCUGACACAGGCAAAAAGCCGUUUCAACGUCUACAGUUUCUGGUGCGCGAUUGGAGUUUUCCAUACGAGGCCGAGUAUGGCGCUUUGGGCGGCGAUAAGAUACUUAAGCGCCGCCUAGAAGUGUCAGACAAACAGCACCCGGAAUUGCAGUCGUUGCGACGACACAUUGCUUCGUGUUUCAUGGAAGUGGCAUGCUUCUUAAUGCCACAUCCAGGAUUAAGUGUUGCGACCAAUCCAAAAUUUGAUGGCCGGCUCAAGGAUAUAACUCCCGAAUUCAAACAGAGUCUGCGCGCAUUUGUGCCAAUGCUGCUGUCACCGGACAAUUUAGUAUAUAAAGAGAUUAGCGGCCAACGAGUGCGUGCACGUGACCUUAUACAGUACUUCCAAUCCUACAUGAGUAUCUACAAGGGUAAUGAGCUGCCUGAACCGAAGAGCAUGCUAGUGGCUACCGCUGAGGCUAAUCAUCUGACAGCCGUAGCAUCGGCGAAGGAGCUUUACAAUCAAUUAAUGGAAGAAGUUUGCGGCGGUACUAAACCGUACUUAAGUACAGCACAUUUGGAAGCAGAGCAUUUCCGUAUCAAAGAUCAGGCGCUGUUCCAAUUCGCAUCUAAACGAAAAAUGGGCGGCGAAGAGUUCUCCGAGAAAUUCCGCCAACAGUUGGAUGUGGAUCUGGAAGACGUUUACGUCAAUUACAAAGCGCACAAUGAAAGCAAAAAUAUAUUCAAGGCUGCACGCACGCCGGCCGUAUAUUUCGCCGCAGCAGUGAUUUGUUAUGUUUUAAGUGGGAUAUUUGGUCUGGUAGGCCUCUACACAUUUGCCAAUUUCUGUAAUCUAGUAAUGGGUGUGGCUUUGUUGACAUUGGCGCUGUGGGCGUAUAUUAGGUACAGUGGUGAAAUGGGCGAUUUCGGAGUAAAACUUGAUGACUUUGCGACGUUUAUGUGGGACAAUUUUAUGAAGCCCAUAUAUCAGGGCUGUAUGGAGAAAGGAAUACAACAUGUGGCAACGCAUGCCGCCGAAGCGGUGGUCGGUGGACGCACAGCAUCCGCGGCAAUGAAUGGUAAGGUGAAGAAGUCAUGAGAAUACGCCCAACGAUCUCUACAACAGCAGCAGCACCAACAAACGCAACCAAAUUCUAAAGGGAAAACAGCAACAUCGAAAAUGAAUAACAAUAACAAUGUGGCACAACAGAAAGGUACAACUACAGCACGCGUUUUUGGUGGCGGCGGUGGUGAUAUUGACGGUCUGGCGGGAAAGGCUCUGGUCAUGCAAAUUUGGUCACGUUUAGUGGGCGCUACGUCGAGCAUGCAAACAAAUUUCGCUCAAACUUCCAGCAAUGUAGGAAGUCAAUAUGCUAACGCCUCACCGCCGAAUAGAGAUGCCAACAACAGUAAUAACAGUAGCAACAGCAGCAACACUGCUAAUACAAAUAGUGCGGCUAGUAAUCGCAAAAAGCGAAGAUCCAAAAAGUAAAAGUUGAAGUAUAUACAUAUGUAUGCACAACAAAAAAGCAAAAAACGUUGUCCUAACAUUGCAAAAAAACGAUUACCUACAAAAGCGAAUACUCAACGCUGAAUUCAGUGAAUAUUACGUACUAGUCUUAUUAUGCAAUUCCGCUUAUUGAGCAGCAGUUUUAACUUGAAUAAUGAAUGUAUAAUAUAGCCUUGUUCUUUGGCUAUGUAGAAUUUUGUCUAAUGUUGAAAGAGUUGCAUGAUGAGAUGACAUUUGCCUAGCAUUUACCCUAUUCGCUGAAUAUUGAUAUACCUUACAAAAUCGUCCUUUAGCAAGGCAUUUUUUAAGUAACUUUGAGCACGAUCAAUGUUGUUGUACGAUAAUACAAACGUGUUUGUUAUUAUUAUUUCGAUUGUAUUGUUUUCAAGGCUGCCUUGUGAAGCAAAAUGAAUAAAAUUUGAAAUUUUUGGAAAUCAUGACAAAAAUCAGUUGUUAUAACACUCGCAAAUUCUAUGCUCGAGGUAUUGAUUCGGUUGUUAAAUAAUGCCACCUGUAGAUAUACUAUAAUUAAAUUCUAAAUUGUUUUUGUUUCUCUAAUCGUUUCAGAGAAAAACAUUUUUCCAAAUAGCCGUACAAUUUCAGUUGAACCAAUGUUGCGGCUGUUGUUGAAAGCCAGCCUUUUAUUUAAAAAACAAAAAAACUUCAAAAAAAUAA